AUGUUCUGUGUUCGGUUUUGUACGGGUGCUCUUGUGGGUAGUCGGCUCUCGCCUUUCAGUCGAAGACGUCGAAGCAACCAGCCAUCGCCUCUGGUGCGCCAGAUCGUGUUCUGGCAGUUAAGAAGACAGUUUGGUAAGCUGCGGCCGCGCCCAUUGUAUUACAAUCAACCUUCACAAGGUCCCCGCCGCGGCCACGCCCUGCCGCCCGCCGCCCGAAUUACCCUCCCACUCACACCGCUCCGCGGCCGACACCAUUGUCUGCUGCCGGUGGUGGGCACCUUCCCACGCUCCUCUCGGACGGCGGUGCAGCAGCAAGGGCACGGCGUUCCUCGUGUAGAAGUAACUCAGCCGCGUUCGGUGCGGCUGCGGGGAGAGUUGGCAGGCCUGGAGCGCGGGUGGUCGCCCGCAAAGGCUGGUUUAUUGCGGUCGGCGCGCCGCGCACCCCGUUGCUUCCGAUUAUCCGGCGGCCUCUCCGCGCCGCGCUGCGCGGCUUUGUCUGCGCGCCUAAUGCGGCCGUCCGCAGGCCCGCGCCUAUUCUUCGGGGACCGCCCGGAAGCACGCAGCACGCGGCACGCAGCCGCCUCUGUGUUAGACGCUGCCGCCACCCCGCCCUCACCGGCAACGCCGCUGCCACGGCUGAAACGUCACAGAUUUAGCCCUGAAUCAGCACGGCGCCCGGCGCUGCGAGCGAGCCGUGUCGACGGCAGCAGACCAGUGACCCUACGACGGGGCGGAGGGACCCCUGAUACGGCGACGUCGACUAACGAGGCAGCCGGCGCCCCUCGGCUCCAUUCUUCGCUUCCUCCCAGCAGCCACAAUGGCCAACGCGGCGCCAGCGUGCGUGCGAGUGGGGCCCGGAAGCGGCUCGUCGCGUCGCGGCUGCAAUUACGGCGCCACCUGCGACCAGCUUCUGCUCCAGCUGCAUCGCCGCUGCCACCGCCGCUGGCCAACAAUGACGGACACUGUAUCCCGGAGAGCCUAAAAUUUCGAGCUCGCCGAGCCGUGCGUGGGCGGCAGGGCGCCGCGAGCCAAACCACGUCACGCCACGCGCAGGCGCUGGCAGUUCCGACGCGACUGUUGCCGGAGCCGAGACAAUCUGGACAUCCGUUCCGGACAGGUGGGGGCGGGCGAGCCGCACCAAGCGAGCCGGCUGUGAACAGCGCUCCCGCCGCGCCGUGUGAAGAAUGUAAUUGCCGGCCCGCGCCCAGUCGCCACCGCGGCCGCUGCGGCGGCGCCGCUUCCUCGCGGCCCGAGCCGGCGGAAGCGACCGCCCUUACGCCGCGGCUGUGGCGCGCGCCAAUUUGCAAGUGUAAUUAA